UUUAAAUACAUAUAUACGAUUUUUGUAAUCGCUAAAAUGUGUGUAUAUAAUACUGUGAAAUAGUUAUUUUCUCUACUUUCCGGGACCAAAAUGCCAGAACGAAUCGAAAUCGGUGUUAUCCCAAAUAAUUUAAGACAUGAGGAAACUAUAGUUCAAAUAACAGAAUCUCUGGACAACCUGAGCGAUUCUGUUUCAUAUAUAUUUGAUUGUAUAGAUAAAAGGCUUUUGGAAAAUACGCAAAGAUUAACCAACAUUAAAGAAAGAGCAAGAAAAUUGGAAGACAGGUUGCACUAUUUACAGACUAAUUUAAAUUUGAAAGCAGUAAAAAUGUACUCUGCUGCUAAGUAUCCAGCUAAUCAUACUUAUAAGGAGUAUCAAAUGACUAUACCUCCGCAGCGCGAACACGCGCCUAUUAUACCAAACGCUUAUAAAUGUUCUGUGCCUAUAAAAGAUAUUUCCGAAGCGUAUUUAUCUUCUAAUUGUAAGACAGAGGACGGUCAAUACGCCGCGAAUGUCAAUCUUCAAGAGAAACUCCAAUUUUAUCAUGUACGAUCAAAGGCUAGCAAAAAUAACCCUGAAGAUAAUGAGGAGCCAUUACCACCACAAUUAUCUUCAGUUAGCGCUCUCCUACUAUUUGAUAGCAUGGAUAGUCCUUAUGAAAAAACAUCCUCGAGGUCGUCGCGUCAAUCUACUGACAAGCAGCAAAUUGAAGAUGCACCGGAUUCAAUUGUACAACCGUGGCUGUCGUCGGAUAUAGACGCGUCUUCCAGCUAUUUAUAUACACCAACUCUCGGAGAGGUUCCUCAGAUAAAUGUACCGUUGACACUCCCAGAUCUACCAGGGAUUGUGGAUGAUGAGAAAUUCGUACUCGAUCUUAAUUCCCAAAGUCCUAUCGCGCCGUCAUCCGCAGUCACAACGCCUACAGUUCGUUUGGAUCUACCGACACCGAUCAGCGACGAAAAAGACUCCGGGUCGAAGAUGGAAAAUAAUGUUCCGCACUUGCCCGUUCUGACUGUGCCUACAACCGUGACGAGCAUGGAGGAACCUGCGCCACCACCUCCUCCACCUCCUAUAUUUAUUGUAAAUACAAAUGAUGCUGCGAACAAUGAGAAACCUAGUUUCCAACAAGUCGUGACACCUCCGCCACCACCUCCACCGCCGCCUCCGCCUCCACCGCCGCCAUCAGCUACGGACUCGCCUGUGUCUGCGUCGAAUAACAAUGCAGAGAGACGAGAGAAGACAGCGAGUCGACCAUCAGCGAAAGCUAUGACGGAUGAUCGUUCCAAUUUGAUGGCGGCGAUUCGAGACGCUGGCGGGAUAGGUAGAGCAAAAUUGAGGCCUACUGCGCCAGAUGCGAAGAAAUGCGAUCGAUGGUCCUCUGCGUCGGUCGGGGGAGAUCUAAUGGCAGAUUUACACGCAAAAUUAGCUCUGAGACGCAAAGGUAUCGCCGGCUCCACAGUGGGCGCUCUGGAAAGAAUGUCCAAUUUAAUACCACCGCCUCCAAAACCGAGUGAAGCGUCCGCAUCCGACAGAAAUUCCGCUACCAGCGAAUACGACUCUCAACCUGACACGGAUGAUUGGGAAGAGUGAUUAUUAUUGUUGCGGUGAUUAAUUCAAGGGUUACUGUUGAAACAUUAUUGUAAUAUAUUGAACAAUUAUCCAGAUAAAGGGCUUAAACUAUCAGUAUUCGCGUGUGUAAAGACUCAGGGGAAAUUUUAUUCGAUAAAGACUGAAACAAGCAGAUGAUCAGUCAUAAUACAAAUCCAGGUAUAGUACUUUUUUUAUUCAACAGAUAUGAAAACUAUGUGGUUUUAAAUUUUAUUUAAUUUAUGGUUAAUUAUAUCUUUUUCUAUGAUUAAUUUGUACACCAAUUAACGUUGAAAAAAUUUAAUCUUGAUAAUAUUAUAAUAAUCACAUAGUGUAGGAGGGGUGGGGGCAGAAAGACACUAUAUGUGAUAAUUAUAUUUACAAAUGAGCAAAUUAUUAAUUAAUUACAUAAAUAUCUUUUAUAGGGAUAAUAGAACAUUUCUGAUAAGAAUAUAAAUGUUUAUAAGAGAAUAGAAAACUUUAUUUUAUACAUCAA